AAAACACACACACACACACCAAUAACAAUAGUGUUUAAAUCGUUUAAUAAUUUUAAAAAAUGUCCACUAAUGCACGUUUUUUUUAAGAAAGGGUGCACUUACAAUCUGAAUAAAUGACAAAAGGAGCUAACUGCUAUGCUAUUUUUAUAUAACCAAUUUAAAGAAAAAGACAUUUAACACGAAUGGCGUCUAAUAUCGCCGUUGCACUACCAUAUCUUUGUACGCCAUUGCACAUAAACCUUGAUAUAAAGUCAAUUUCUGAUUAUCUCGUCAUUUCAAUAAACGGGGACUAUUUUAACUGUUGAAAUCAAGCGAUUUUAUUUACAAAUUGGAUUUUAACGGCAAACAGAGAGAAGUCAUGGACAAGUUUUGGCUGUGCAUUAAUAUUGGUAUUAGCAUCAUCUCGAAUAUAAGCCUUAAUGAUACUGCGGGCUCCAACCCAACCCAACUGAACAGUAAUACAGACAGUAAUACUGUUAACGACACCACUGCAACUGUGCCACCAUCACACAACACUACAGACAGUUAUACUGUUAACGAAACCACUGCAACUGUGCCCCCAUCACACAACACCACAGAUAAUUAUACUGUUAACGACACCACUACAACUGUUCCCCCAUCACACGACACUACAGCCAUUAAUACUGUUAACGACACCACUGCAACUGUGCCCCCAUCACACAACACUACAGCCAUUAAUACUGUUAACGACACCGCUACAACUGGGCCCCAUUCACACAACACUACAGCCAUUAAUACUGUUAACGACACCGCUACAACUGGGCCCCAUUCACACAACACUACAGACAGUAAUACUAUUAAGGAAACCACUACAAUUGUGCCCCCAUCACAUAACACUACAGCCAGUAAUACUGUUAACGACACCACUACAACUGUGCCACAAUCACACAGCACUACAGCCAUUAAUACUGUAAACGACACCACUACAACUGUGCCCCCAUCACACAACACUACAGACAGUAAUACUGUUUACGACACCGCUACAAAUGUGCCACAAUCACACAACACGACAGCCAGUAAUACUGUUAACGACACCACUGCAACUGUGCCCCCAUCACACAGCACUACAGCCAUUAAUACUGUAAACGACACCACUACAACUGUGCCCCCAUCACACAACACUACAGCCAGUAAUACUGUUAACGACACCACUACAACUGUGCCCCCAUCACAUAACACUACAGCCAGUAAUACUGUUAACGACACCACUACAACUGUGCCCCCAUCACACAACACUACAGCCAGUAAUACUGUUAACGACACCACUACAACUGUGCCCCCAUCACACAACACUACAGCCAGUAAUACUGUUAACGACACCACUGCAACUGUGCCCCCAUCACACAACACUACAGACAGUAAUACUGUUUACGACACCGCUACAAAUGUGCCACAAUCACACAACACUACAGCCAUUAAUACUGUUAACGACACCACUUCAACUGUGCCCCCAUCACACAACACUACAGCCAUUAAUACUGUUAACGACAACAUUACAACUGGGCCACAAUCACACAACACUACAGACAGUAAUACUGUUUACGACACCGCUACAAAUGUGCCACAAUCACACAACACGACAGCCAGUAAUACUGUUAACGACACCACUGCAACUGUGCCCCCAUCACACAACACUACAGCCAUUAAUACUGUUAACGACACCACUGCAACUGUGCCCCCAUCACACAACACUACAGCCAUUAAUACUGUUAACGACACCACUGCAACUGUGCCCCCAUCACACAACACGACAGCCAUUAAUACUGUUAACGACACCACUGCAACUGUGCCCCCAUCACACAACACUACAGACAGUAAUACUGUUAACGACAACAUUACAACUGUGCCCCCAUCACACAACACUACAGACAGUAAUACAAUUAACGACACCACUACAAAUGUGCCACAAUCACACAACACUACAGCCAGUAAUACUGUUAACGACACCACUUCAACUGUGCCCCCAUCACCCAACACUACAGACAGUAAUACUUUUAACGACAACAUUACAACUGUACCCUUAUCACACAACGCUACAGACGGUAAUAUUGUGAACGAAACCACUACAACUGUGCCUUCAUCACACAACACCACAGACAGUUAUACUGUUAACGAAACCACUACAACUGUGCCAACAAUACAUAGCACUUCAGUCGAUAUGACUGAUAAAGUAACGACUACAACUGUGUCCCAACUACACAGCACUACAGUCAAUAAGACUGAUAACGUAAUGAAUACAACUGUGUCCACACUACAUAGCACAACAGUCAAUAAGACUGAUAAAGUAACGACUACAACUGUGUCCCCACUACACAGCACUACAGUCAAUAAAACUGUGUACGUAACGACUACAACUGAGACUUCAGUACACAGCACUACGAAAAAUGUCAACACUCCACUCGAAAAGACUGAAACCGGCUCAAGUAUACUUGCGCCGACUGGAGAGGGGAGUGUGAUGAGUUUAGACAAGUUGGAUAUUCGAAUCACAUCCACAGUUAUUGUUGAAACACAGUUUAAAGAUGAAUUGAAGAACACAUCAUCCGAUAUGUUCAAUAAUUAUUCCAAAGAGUUUACUGAUAAGCUUAAUGAGCAGUAUAGGAACGUACCAAACUUCCGAUAUGUUCAAGUCGAAGGCUUCAGCAAUGGUUCCGUUAAGUGCCACUUUUCAUUAAUAUUUAUGGGAAAUGCGGAGUUUAAAACUAUCUCUGGUCAGCUUAAAGAAAACAAAACAUUGACCGUUAGUCUUUCCGACGGAGUGGUGACAGGCGUAAUAAAUACAAGCCAAAUCGAGGCAGAACUUUUGAAAGUUGAGAACCCGAAAUGUGAUAUGCUGAAAGAUAAUCCGUGCAACAAAGGUGAUAACUGCAGCAUUGCAAAAGAAGACAAUAAAGUGGUCUGUCGACAUCUCUGCACUGAAAGACGCAAUUACUGUCAUAACGACGGCGUUUGCAUAUAUGAUCAUACCAAGAGCGAUAUAGCGUGCAGAUGUGUAUCUUCUGAGACCUAUGUGUUCAGUGGAGAACAGUGUCAAGUGAGGGUCGAGAAACUUCAACUUGAAUCAAAGUAUAUCAUUGCCAUAGCAGCAAGUGUGGGCGGGGUCAUAGUCAUCGCUGCGGCGGUGGUUAUCGUGUGCCUGGUCUACAGGCUUAGGAGGAGGAAGACAUUAAAUGAAGCUGAAGAAAGCGUUGAAAAUAUUGGCCUAGAUAAUCUCAAAAGAAUCAGUCGGACACGCUCCGAGAACAGUUACGAUAAGUUCAGGGAUCCGCGCACAUCGAAAGAGACGACCUCAAACGGCUCUAUAGGUGACUUUGAAAGGUCAAAGGAAACGAGGGUACUGGACGGCAUGGAACACAAAGUCACAAGAGACGAGAAAGGCAAUGAGGUGUACAUCUACCAGCCAAAGCAGCCACGUGAUAUCGGUCGACAGCGUCAGUCAUCUGUGUACUCGUCUGCGUCAGAGGACAACGCGCAGACCGGAAGUAGCAUGUACGACUACAUUGACACCGAUACGAAGCUGCUCCAACAGGAAAAAAACAGCCUUAUUCUAGAGCGUGGUCCUUUCUUAAUGGAGAGGAACCGAUUGCUUAUCAGUGCGACGCUGCCCACACGAGACACAAUACACAACGAGAGCGCCGAUGGCGCUGAAAGCAUAGUUGCAAGAUACAGGGAAGAUGCUGCUGAAUAUCAAAUCCGCCGACCAAAUGUCAGCAUCAGAACCAUUCGCAUCUGAGAUGGAACAUGCAACAAAAAACAGUAUGGUUUAAAAAAUGAACGGCAUAAUAAGUGACGGUUCUUCUAAACGGCAUUGACCUUUUAAUGGUUUGACGCUUUGAAUUACGUUUACGUUCAAAUGUUUUUAACGCAUAAUAAGUGACAAUUCUACGGGAUAGCAUUGCUCUAUUCAUGGUUUUGCGCAUUGAAAUACUUUUAUGGUCGAAAUGUAUGUGACAAAAAGUUAUAAUUCUAAACAACCAAAACCUUUAUUUAGGUUUUCCCACAAUUCGUAGUGGAUGUGUUACAAAUAAUUGGUUAUUCAGGUGUAUCAUAAAUGUUUUUCGUUUUGCCGUUAAUUAAUAGCAAUUUUGGGUAAGUAAUGUUAAUUAUGUAUAUAUAUAUAAGACUUUUGUAAUAUUUGUAAUACACGUGUGCAUGAUUGUUUACAUUUAUUCCAUACACAUUUUAUUUUGUAUAAUGAUACUUUUGCAUUUGUCAUUUGUCAAUUAUAUCAUCACUCGUCACUUAAUAAAUAAUUUCAGUCGUAUUAUAUACCUUAUAACAUGCUGUUGCUGAAUUGUUUAUUGCAUCACGAGGAAUCAUACUUGUUCCGAGCAAAGAAUUCAUAACUGAUAAGGAUUAGUAAUAGCUGUGAGGUUUUUAUUCUCACAGUGACCUUCCUUGAAACGUGAAAUUUUUUAUAUAAUAGAGGGAGACAAAGUCGGGAUGUUUUUGUCUUCUACAGUUCUAAGCGUAACUCUCCUUGAAAGAUGUAACUGUUCUAAACUAAAUCGGAGUUAACAAGCGAAUAUUAUUAUUUCCAUGAGGUAUAUAUUCUUGUUGGAUUUCAAUUAUCCUGUUACAGUGAUCAUAGCUUGCCGAAUCUAGAAAGCUUAAACGGUGAAAAAUAAAUACUUCUAC